AUGGCUCAAGUCGCUAUCAUCGGAGGCGGUCUCUCUGGACUCACCCUCGCCCUCUAUCUUCACAAGAGUGGCAUCUCCUCCGCAGUCUACGAAGCCAGGCCCAAGGACUUCGUCUCAGGCGGCAACAUCGCCCUUUCACCCAACGCCCUCCGCGUCCUCGACCACAUUGGCGUCUACGACACCCUUCGCCCCCAAGGUUUCGCCUUCGAGUCCGUCGCCUUCCUCAACGGCCGUGGCGGGCUCUUGGCCAAGGUCCUCAACGGCAGCUAUGAAGAGUACAACUACCCGGCCCUGCGCAUCCGCCGCACCGUCCUCCGCGGCGAGCUGAUCCGCCAGCUCGAGCUCCUUGGGGUGCCGAUUCACUACGAGAAGAAGUGCGCCGGCGUCCGCGAGGAGACAGAUACUUCAGCCACUGUGGAAUUUGAGGACGGCGAGACCGUGACAGCCGAGUUUGUCAUCGGCGCUGAUGGAAUUCACUCGCGCGUGCGGUCAUUUGUACGCCCUAACGGCAGCAAGCCCGUCUUCCAAGGCCUUGCUGGUAUCUCUGGUACCUACAAGCUCAGCGACUUGCCCGACGUUGACACGGACACGCACUACCCCUGCAUGCUUUUCGGCGGCAACGGCUCCUUUGCGGUCAUGCCGGCAUCGGCGGACGGCGACGAGGUGAGCUACUUUGCGACCUUUGAGGUUGAGGAGCGGCCGCGUGAGGAGUGGGCGGCGCUGGACGCCGACAAGGAGACCUUGGCGAAGAUGAUCAAGGAGAGGUUCCCUAUCGAUUCGAGCUGGCCUGAGGUCGUGCGCGCUCUGUGCCACCGGACCCCGACUGAGUCGUUGACUCUCUGGCCUUUCUACUUGCUUUCUGCCAAGGAAUCUUGGUCUUCCCCGAGUCGCCGUGUCCUCCUCAUCGGAGACGCAACUCACGGCAUGCCCCCGACUGCAAGUGGCGCAACUUCCUUUGAGGACGCGGAAACCCUCGCAUACACCCUCGCCCACAUCAAGGCACCGCUCUUCAACGACAGCGCCCGGCCGCAGGUUAUCCAAGCCUGGGAGGACCACCGCAAGGACCGCGUGUCCAAGAUUGUGGACUUCACCACCCAAAACGGUGACCUGCGCAAGACGUCCACCUCCUUCAUUCACCAGUGGAUCAAGGAGAUGACCAUCUGGGCGUACAUCAAGAUGGUCGGCCCUCACAUGGGCUGCAAGUGGAUGUACUCGUACCACGGAGAGAGCGUUCGCGCUGUUCUGGGCCGCCUCGGCAUCGACGAGUCAAAAGCGAAGGCCCAGUGA